AUGAAUGGUUCCUCCAAUUCUAAGGAUUCAAGUCAUGAAGAUGGGCCCGAGUCGUGCUUUUGGGAGAGUUUUUUGUAUUCAAAAUCAUAUUUCACCAAAUUAAAGCACAAAAAGUUCCGUUAUUAUGACAACUCUAAUAUUUUUAAGUACCUGUUCUUUCACUGGGUAAGUCGGUGGGUUUAUUUGCUCUCAAAGAGGUAUGUUGAGCCUUAUAAAUACCAUCCUCUACCGAUCUCGGACCAGGUUUUGAAAUGGCAACCAAUAUUUUCUAAACACGUUAGUGAUGGGAUAGUUAGGUUAGAUUCUUAUCACUAUUCCAAGUCACAAUCCCGGGAUACCAAGGCCAAGAAGCCUUAUAGCUCUAUACUUCUGAGAGCAUUGUUCCUGACCAUAUGGAAAAGGGCACUUGUCGUGAUAAUAGGUUUAGUUUUAGUCAAUGUUUUGAGCAUGAGCAUUUCAAUCCUUGUUAAAAGGCUGGUUGUUAAACUGGGCGAUAACUCGCUUAUUUGUAUUGUCAACUAUUUGUACGUCAUUGGAAUAUUUCAACAUGGAUUGUCACAUAGACGAAAGUUUUCAAAUAACAUUGACGGCUCGAAUUCCUUGAAUGUGUGCAACCAAGUUAUUCAUAGUUGUUCCCCUGACUCAGAAUGUUCAAAGAAUCCAUUAUACUGUCCUGCUAGAAGAUAUCAAAGUAAGGAUAUCAACGGCCAGAUCUUUAACUUUGUGUAUAACGACUCGUUUUAUGUUUCACAGUCAAUUGAGGCACUUAAAUAUAUCAUAGAGUUUAUGACCAAUUUCGGCUACGGAGUGUACUUGCUUUCAUUACAGGUUAAAGUUAACAUAUGGGUUUUAUACUUCUUGGGUAUCUUUUUCGUGUUUAUUAUGGUUGUUGUUGAGAUUCUCAGUGCUAUUACAAUCAAAUUUGUACUACAUUACAGGGAUUACAGGUUAACCAAGAGUAAUGAUAUUGUAUCAUCGCUGGCACUCGUAAAGAAAAUGUUUUAUGACGAUAUCGCAAUCAAUAUUAUUACUAAAAGUAGGAAUAAUGAGCUUUCAGUUCUUUUCGUCAACAUGUUCCUUACGUAUUUUAACAUGACAUUGUACAAUAUGUGUAUCAUAAUAACAUUUUAUAUGGUACAAAGGUAUUUUGUGGCAUCUGUAAUAGAUGCAUCAGUUAUUACUGAUAUUGAUACUGCAGGAUUUAUGACAUCAUUCUAUAUUUUCCUAAGAAUUGCAAUAUCCAUGUUUUUAUUACCAAAGUGUAUCAGAUCUAUCGCAAAAUCUUACGUGUCAUUUAAAAGGAUGGGAAUAUAUAUAAAGGAUUGUUCUCCUAAUUUCUACAUAAGUGAUAAUAUAUGCACUGGUUCUGUACAAACAUGUACAAAUAUAACUUAUUUGGCCAAUCAAAGACUUAGAGAUGUAGUUUACUACAAAGACGCCACAUUCACAUGGGUCAACACACGCGACGACCUAUUAAACAAAAACUAUGAACCGUUAUUGAAGAACGUCAAUUUUCAACUAAAACGUAGUGAAAUAGCCAUUGUCACCGGUUCUAAAGGCUCUGGGAAAUCAAAUUUUAUCAAAUCAAUGCUUGGUGAGAUGACCCUAGUUGGGGGCUCUAUGGCUGUUGUACCACUACAUACAUCAAUGCCCAUAUUCUAUGCAUCAGAGGACAUAUUCCUACAACAUGGCACCGUCAGAUCCAACAUUGUGUUUGGUCAUCGUUUCGAUGAAAACCUGUAUAAAACUGUGUUGAGUGCAGUUGAACUUGAGUAUGAUAUAUCAACCUGGGAGAAGGGUGACCUCCGACUAUUGUCAGACAAUGCACCUUCAUUGAGCGGAGGUCAACGUGUAAGGAUGGAGUUGGCUCGUGCUGUGUACGCUUAUUUGGUUUUCCAUCAGGUAAACAAGGAAUAUAACGACUGCCAAUGUUCGUUCUUGAUGUGUCUGGAUGCCUCGUUCCAUGGUUUGGACCCAUAUGUGUCCAAAACUAUAUUCAAUAACCUGUUUAACGUUAAAACAGGGCUAUUGGUUAAGGAUGAUUUAAGUGUGGUUUUGACAACAUCAAAACAAACUCUUGAUAUAUGUUCAAAAAUGUCUGAUAUAAACCAGGUUCCAAAUCCUCCGGUUUAUAACAUUAAUAACCAAAUGUUGAAAUUUUAUUUAAAUCUUCAUGACUUUAUUAAGAAUAAAAGAGUAAAUAAUAUAGACAAUAAUUACAUAUCACAUAAUAUUGGCUCUUACAUGAGUUAUUUAACUUAUGACAUGCUCAGCCUUUGUUCCUCUGGAGCUAAUACUAGGCUACGUCGAAUAAAAUUGACCAGGUCCAAAUAUAGCAAGUCGUUUAAGUCAUAUGCUAGGGAUGAAUUGGCUGGCGUUAAAUUUAAUCCAUAUAAGGUUUAUUUGAUGCCCUCUUUAGGAUUUUUUGUGAUUUAUCUAUUGAUAAACAUCAUUGUCUCUGUCAUGGAUAAUAUAAAAUAUGUAUUGUCCACUAGAUUGUCUGAUUACAUAUCCAAGCACAUUAGAGACUUUAAGAAUGGCCAAUACUUUGAUUUAGCCGAAAUUAAAGCACAUAGCACUUUCUGGUUAAGAAUAAUGACAUUAUUUGUUUCAGUUAUUAUUGUUUUAACCAUUUUGUCCACAAUUUUGUUUUCCAUUUUGUCAAAUAUAACUUGUCGUAAAAUUCACGAAUACGUUGUCGAUUCAAUUUUCAAAAAUAGUUCAUCUGUAAUAAAAGUAAAGAAACAAAUCAAUCAGGUCAUGACUUAUUUGUCUUGUGAUACCACUAUGACCGAUGAGGAUGUAGGAUAUAUUUUAUUGUUAUUUUUAACUUGCUCCAUUCAGGCAAUAACCAACAUAGUUACAUUGUUUUAUUUGAUUCCUAUUUCAAUCCCUUUUUUCAUUGUGUCAUUGAGUAUUUUAUUCAAAUUUAUACUUUUGAACUUAAUCAAUUGUGCCAAGAACAAACAGAUCGCAAUGUUAGAAUCUAUGUCACAGGUCAAUUCUGUAUGUGAAAACGCCAUAUCAGGAUCUUCAAUUUAUAGAAGCUAUAAAAACGAACUCUCCCUGGUUAUUAAUUUGAUUGAAAAUAUCGAUUACAAAGUUCGAAGCCGUUUCUUGUACAGGUUAAUUUUAACUUGGUGUGCUUUGAUAUUUAAAUACGUAUUUUCUGCUACGACAUUAAUAGUCCUUGUUCUACCUAUAAUCUUGGAUAGAUUCACUAAAUAUAAAAUGAAGGUUGGCUAUUUUGGAUUGGCAUUAUCGUUAUGUAUGAAUUUAGCAAAAUCAUUCUCUAAAUUUAGUACAACAUAUGCUAAGCUCGAGAUUUAUUCCUGUUCUCUCCAAAGGUUUCAAUAUUUUAUUCCUCCUAAGAAAACUCUUCAAUUUAGCUCAUUUGUUAAUACUCAUGAAGAGUAUGUAGUCAUUCCUGAUAAUAAAGCACAUGUCAAGUUUCAAAGGGAUCAACUGCUAAUUCGCAGGGCUUUUGAGUUCAAGGCCGAAAACAAAAGGUUCUAUAAAUUAAGGAAAUUUUUCUAUGAUCCUAAGUUAACAAUCAUUGAUGCUGGAGAUUAUUUACCUUAUGAGCAUUCAGAUGUUUUGUUGAAUGAUGUGUGUGUCUAUACCACUGCUGACCAUAAUCCAGAAAGUAUGCUUUUGAAUCACUUUAAUGCAUCUGCUCAUCGAUCUGAGAUUAUUGGUAUUGUUGGUAGAACCGGCGCUGGUAAGACAAUCUUAUUAUGUGUUUUACAAAACAUCAUGGCUAAUAGAACUGGCCACGUAAUAUUGGAUGGCAAGGACCUGAAUGAUAUCCCCAAGGUAGUCCUUAGACAGAUUAUAGGUGUGUUGCCACAACUGCCUUUUGUGUUCAAGGGAUGGACUGUGCGUAGAUUCCUUGAUCCCAGAAAGCUGUUUAGUGAUGCUGAUAUUAACCAGGCCUUAAAUAAAUGUGCUUUAUUAAACUUUGUUAACGAGCUUCCUGGAGGUAAGAAAUUGGAUACCAUUUUAGUUAAAGAGGAUUUGAGAUAUUCCAGUCAUAAUUCUAAAAAAGGCGAAAUUGAUAUGAAUUUCAAAUCCAACCACGAAUCUUUAGAAAGUAAUGUGAUACUAUCCAAUACCCAACUCAGAACUCUUUCAUUGGCCAGAUUAGUUUUAUAUAGGCAUUUUUAUAGAAUGAUACUCGUGGACGAACCUCCAGAAGAGGACUUGGUUGCAGGGGCCAGUGGGAGACAAGAUGAUCUUGGAGUUCCAAUUUAUGAUCUAUUACAGAAACAUUUUAGUCAUUGUACCACUUUUGUGGCUGCACAUGAUGCUAAUGUUUUGAAGACUUGUACUUCAGUCUGGGUUAUACACGACGGCUGUCUAGUAAGGACCUGCAAAACGAGUGAUAUCGCAGCAAAUGAGUCGGUAGCAAGAAUAAUAGAAGAAUGUUUAAAGCAGUUUUAG